GACCCCACCUCCGGCUUCGUCAAGUAUGUCGACGAAACCACCGCGAAAGCCGACGGACUCGCAAAGUACCAAAAUAACCAAGUCUACCUCGGCGUCGACACGUCCUCGAAAGACGCGAGCGGCGGCAGAGACAGCGUGCGACUCGAAUCAAAGACCGCGUUCAACAACGGACUGCUCAUCGGGGAUUUCGAGCACAUGCCCGGAGGCGCUUGUGGGAUUUGGCCAGCUUUCUGGGUCAUCAACAACGACGGCAAUCUGCCCUACACGGAAAUCGACAUCGUCGAGGGCGUCGCCCUGCAAGACCACGACGACAUCAGCAUGUACACGGGCCCGGCCUGCACCAUGGCCGUGCGCAACGCCGCCGAGCUCGGCACUGCGCCCUCCUUCGACUGCGCGCUCGCCGACGGCGGGUGCCACAUCACCGGGCCCACCGGCACCUUCGGCGACAGCUUCAACUCCCACAACGGCGGCGUGUGGGCGCUGCAGGUCGAGAGCGACGGGAUCCGCAUCUGGCAGUUCCCGCGCGACAGGAUCCCGGCUGACAUCACGGCGGGGAAUCCGGAGCCGAGCGGGUGGGGAAACGCGAUCUUGGACUGGCAGCCGGCGAGCUGUGACAUGGAGACUGCGUUUGCGUCGAUGACGACGGUGCUUAACAUCGAUCUUUGUGGGAGCAACUAUAGCGGCGGGGCGUGGGGAGAGGAGGAUUGGACGGGGUGCUAUGCGAGCACAAAGGUCGGGACGUGUGAGGCGUAUGUGAGGGAUAACCCGACUGCGUUUGCGGAUGCGUAUUUCCUGAUUAAUUCGGUCAAGUGGUAUCAG